AUGUCCGAUGCUAAGAGAAAACCCUCGGGGAGCGAAUUUAAAAACCGGAGAUUGAACAAGCAAACACAGCUUCAAAAACAGUCAGAUGCGCUGCAGAACUUCUUGAAAGAAGGUAGUUUCAACGCUCCCACAACCGACCAACAUUUGAACAACGCCCAGCACCUAGAUACUGACUUUCCGGAUAUGGAUCCCCCUUUGGACGCAACCGUCAGCAUUACUGAGCUGGGUAAGUCAUCUCAAACGAGUUUGGCGAGUAGUGAUGCAGUUCCGUGCAGUUCCAAAAAUCAAAAUUCGCAAGUUGUGCAGACCUCAAAGAAACAUUUAGAAAAGGCUACCGUCCAAAGUAUCUCUUCUGACCCAGGAUUAUGGCCCGAAAUCAUGCGUGCAGCAGAUAGAGUUUUUUUGGUUAAACGUGGUCUAGCUGCACCUUUAUAUAAUUUUGAUUUUCCUUUUGAUGAUCAGCAUAGAAGAUUCUCACCAAAACAUUACAAGAAAAGGCUUAGAAAUGGAGAAGAGGUUUUAAGAGAAUGGAUGUUAUAUUCCGUAUUUCAAAACGCUUUGUACUGUUUUCCAUGUCGACUUUUUGCUGCACCAUCUAGCUUGAGCGCUCUUGGCAAUCGGGAAUUUAAAGACUGGAAGCAUUUAGGGGACUCUUUAGCACAUCAUGAAAAUGCUAAAACUCAUAUAGAUUGUUUGAAAUCAUGGCUUGAUUUGAAGCAAAGAUUGAAAAUAGGUGAAACAAUAGAUGCAGUUUCUCAGAUACUCAUUGAUUCUGAGAUAAAUCACUGGUCUGAAGUUCUUUUACGCAUUAUAUCAGUCGUUAAAAUGCUAGGUGAGAGCUCUCUAGCUUUUCAAGGAACAAGCGAUAAACUGUAUGAACACAAUAAUGGAAACUUUUUGAAGUUAAUUCAGUUACUGGCUGAGUUUGAUCCAAAAAUGGAGGAACACGUUCGCAGAGUCAUCAAUAAAGAAGAAAUUAAAGCUACAUAUCUAGGGAAACCUAUACAAAAUGAAAUAAUUGAAUUAUUGCAUGACAACAUAAAGCACCACAUCAUUGAGCAUGUUCAAAAGGCCAAGGCAAGUAAAGUAGAACAGAUGACAUUUGUGGUAAGAUUUGUCUCCAUACAGGAAUCAGAGUCUGAAGUUCAAGUUAAUAUCAACGAACAUUUUUUAGGUUUUCUACCCAUUGAGAGAUCAACAGCUAAGGAAUUGUCGGAGGUUUUACUAGAAGAGAUAGAGAAAAAUAGGCUUAAAGUAGAAAACACGCGCAGUCAAGGGUAUGACAAUGGUUCCAAUAUGACAGGAGAAAAAUCGGGAGUACAAACAAGAAUCAGAAAUAUAAACCCCAGAGCAUUUUAUGUUCCAUGCAGCAGCCAUUCGCUAAAUUUGGUUGUAAACGAUAUGGCAAAAUCCUCGUUUGAGGCAGCCAACUUCUUCAAUAUUGUUUUUUUCUUCCUCUUCUUUUCGUUGGGCAAUAUUACUGAAAUAUAUUGA